UAUCAAUGCUGCGUAAUCUGGGGAGUUUCGAAUUUCUUUCAUCUUUCUGUUUAUCGAGUCAAUCUCUUCUCGGAGGGUCUGAGCUCUGAGGUCAUCGAGGCUCCAGCUUGCACUCCUCUUCUUUCGGUGGCCGCGAACUUUUCUACGAAAUCUCAAGUCUGAAUGACUAGAAGCCACCGGUUGAUUUUCGGCGAUUACGAUCAACAUGUCUCCGGAUGAAAUCGCAGCGGACGCUAUAAAGCACGCUGUGAAGGCGCUACGAAAGCGGCAUCUGCUCGAGGAAGGUGCUCAUGCUCCGGCUUUCAUCGCUCUCUCGAGGCCUUUCCUUUCACAGGGAUCAGAAUGGAAAGAGAAAGCAGAAAACCUUGAACUGGAACUUCAGCAAUGUUACAAAGCUCAAGCAAGAUUGUCUGAACAGCUUGUGGUAGAAGUAGCGGAGUGCAGAACAUCAAAAGCACUGGUUCAAGAGAAAGAAGCAGUAGUCGCUAAUCUGCAAAAUGAGGUUACGCAAGCAAGUGAGGAAUGCUCUCGGUUAAAGGAGAUUUUAGAAGAAAAGACAAAAGCUCUAGACUUGGUUGUUAGUGAGAACCAGGCACUUAGAACCCAACUGGAAGAGGUGACACUGAAAGCUAGAAAUGCAGAGGCUGAAAAUAAGAUGCUGAUUGACCGCUGGAUGCUGCAAAAAAUGCAGGAUGCUGAACGGCUGAAUGAGGUUAAUGCAUUAUAUGAGGAGUUGAAGGAUCGGUUAAAGUCCAGCAGCAUAGAACAACUGGCAAGGCAGCAAGUUGAUGGUGUAGUCCGCCGAAGUGAAGCAGGAGCUGAGUACUUCGUGGAAUCAAGUGUCCCUACUGCACUCAAAUACAAAAUCCAUGCUCAUGAAGGUGGCUGUGGUUCUGUGUUAUUUGAGCACAACUCCAACAGGUUGAUCAGUGGGGGACAGGAUCAGACAAUCAAAAUAUGGGAUACAAACACAGGGACACUAAGUCGCACUCUUUAUGGAUGCCUUGGUUCUGUUCUUGACCUUGCUAUUACCCAUGAUAACAAAGCCGUUAUUGCAGCUAGCAGCUCAAGCAACCUGUAUGUAUGGGAUAUGGGGUCUGGUCGAGUUCGCCAUACCCUCACCGGGCAUGUUGAUAAAGUAUGUGCUGUAGAUGUUAGCAAAAUUUCAGGUCGUCAUGCAGUGAGUGCAGCAUAUGAUAGGACAAUUAAACUUUGGGAUCUGCAGAAAGGUUAUUGCAUCAACACAAUUAUCUUCCACAGUAACUGCAAUGCUCUUUGCUUCAGCAUGGAUGGACAGACCAUCUGCUCAGGUCAUGUUGAUGGGAACCUUCGCCUUUGGGAUAUUCAGACAGGAAGGCUACUUAGUGAAGUUGCUGCACAUUCACAGGCUGUCACAUCUAUUUGUCCAUCUCGAAGUGGCAAUAUCAUCUUAACAAGUGGGAGGGAUAACUUGCAUAAUCUAUUUGACAUGCGAACUUUGGAAGUUUGUGGCACAUUAAGAGCAAAUGGAAACAGGGUGGCAUCUAAUUGGAGCCGUUCUUGCAUCAGCGCAGAUGACAAUUAUGUCGUGGCAGGUUCUGUUGAUGGGUCUAUCUACAUCUGGUCAAGAGUAGGAGCAGAUAUUGUAAGCACUCUAAGAGAACACUCUGCUCCUGUUCUUGCUUGUUCAUGGAGUGAGUUGGGAAAGCCUCUAGCCUCUGCUGAUAAGAAUGGAAAUCUCUGUAUAUGGACGUGAUUGGUCUUUGCCAUGAUGAUGGUUCUUGCCUGUUUCAUGUGUUGGCAGCAGAUAUGUGCAAAUGGCUUCUCUUUGGCUGCUCUCUCUGUUUCCACAAAAAGUCCCAUCUUUUGGUUGGACACCGUUCUGUUGAGGAUAUUGAAGCAUCAUGACCGCGGCUCCAAGGUCAUACUGCAUUUGGAUAUUGUUCUUGCCAUAUUGUUGUGAGUAUAGAUGUGGCUGUUGGCUUGCAUUUGAGAUAUGGAGACACGCAUUUUCAUCAUUCUAAGCCUACCAAUAGGCAGAAAAAGUAGGACAUUGUAAAUAUUAUUUGCCAAGCAAUAUCUACAGAAGGGAAGCUCUUGUUGCAAGUUCUGGCAAUGUCCCUGGUUUCAGAUUUUAAUCAUGAAUAAAGCUGAUCAGUUAUAAUUGUGCUGCA